AUGGCCUCGUCGAAGAAGAAACGCCGAUCUCGCAAGGCGUUUGUUCCUCUGGACCCAGGAAACCCUUUUCCCUUCAUGUCUCUCCCUCCUGAAAUCCGACUCAUGGUUUACGAUUUUCUCAUUAGAGAGCAGACUGCUAUGAGCUACAAAUGGGGUGUGCCGGCUGGUACUGUUGGUCUGUCUGACUCCCACAACAUGCUGUCCUCCAGCGUCAAGUCUCUUUUAAAAGUCAAGGACAUCCGUGCCGAAAUAUUCCCUCAACUGCUUUCGAGAUACCAAUUCGAGUGGGCUGAGGCUGGCGACUGGACCUCCAGCGAAAGAUGGGAGUCCUUCAAACGCUACGUACUUCCCUUCAUCAGUAGCCUCACAAUCACGAUCCAUGAUAAAGACCGACCACGUAAGAGCUCCAUCAAGCUCUUUACUAUCAUUCUUAAGUGGAUGCGGUGGCGCAGCCAGCGCACUCAUAUCCACCCAUGGCAGCUGAAGUCUCUGACGUUGAAAGAGGGCCCCAGAGUAACGGUGCCAAUACCACUUUGGGCAUUUUUCCGCUGGGAAAGGGAUGGGACGGAACGUGAUGUCAGUCACUUUCUUGUGAAUGGACCUAUGGUGCCUGGUCUGGAAUCCUUGACAAUCGUUCUCAAAACCAAGCCUCAAGAAGAGGCUGCCAAGGCCUGUCUUGAGCGAUUUGCGGGCUGUGGAGUUGAAGGCAAGCUUGGCUACUGGCAUGAUGACCAGAGAAAGGUCGCAUACUGGUUCCACCUUGAUGAAGGCCAACUGAUUCAGACCACUAUUUGA